UAAUUGGCUGACUGAGUACUUCCUCAGGACUCGGCCAUUCGGAGGGCGCCACAGCGGUCCCUCUAGCCGCCGCCCCGUGGCCGGCCCUCGGUCUUGGGACUGCGAGUUCUCUAUGUUGUUGGCGACGGCAUGUGGCGCCUACCGGGACUCCUGGGCCGCGCUCUUCCCCGUCUGCUGGGACCUGGCCUCUGGGGGGUGACCCCCAAGUCCACUAACCCAGCUGGGCCGCAGGCUGCAUCCUCCAACCUGCUGGUCCCUGUGCCCAGCUUUGACAGGUCAGGCCCCCAUGGCCCAGGCCCAGGCACAAAUAGGGGCCCAAGGUCCCAUGGGUGGAAGGAUGCCUUCCAGUGGAUGUCUUCCCGUGUUUCCCCAAACACCUUGUGGGAUGCUGUAUCAUGGGGCACUCUGGCUGUGCUGGCCCUGCAGCUGGCAAGGCAGAUCCACUUCCAGUCGUCCCUGCCAGCAGGACCUCGGCAAGCAGGGUGCUGCUCUUGGCGCAGUCCCCUGGACCGUUUCCUCUCAUCUUCCUUGUGGCAUCCGUGCUCCUCACUUCGGAGACACAUCCUCCCCAGCCCUGAUGUCCCAGCUCCAAGGCAUACUGAUCCCAGGGAACCCAGGUUGGGCCAGGAAGAAUGCUCCACUCAGCCCGAGAACCUCUCUUCACACAGCUCCUUGAGGGCAUCUGGUCCUCAGGGCCCUUGUGAGGAAGAUCCCAGUGAUCUCAGCUUCCUGUCCACCAGUGGUAACUUUCAACCCAGGGCAGAGCCAGCCCAGCUUCAGUCCACUGGAGAAAAGCAGUCUUUAUUUCUUCCCCAGGAACAAGAGAAGUCAAAAACUCUUUCCCUUGAGGAGGCUGUGACGUCCAUUCAGCAGCUCUUCCAGCUCACCAUUUCCAUUGCUUUCAACUUCCUGGGCACAGAGAACAUGAGGAAUGGGGACUACGUGGCAGCCUUUUCUUACUUCCAGAAAGCAGCAGACUACGGCUACAGCAAAGCACAAUACAACGUGGGCUUGUGUCACGAGCAUGGCAGAGGCACCCCCAAGGACCUGGGCAAGGCAGUCCUUUCCUAUCAGCUGGCUGCCAGUCAGGGCCACAGGCUGGCUCAGUACCGCUAUGCCAGGUGUCUGCUGCAAGGCCUGGCCUCCGAGGGGGCACCUAAGCGUCAGAGGGCAGUGUCCAUGCUGAAGCAGGCUGCUGAUUCGGGCUUGAGAGAGGCUCAAGCUUUCCUCGGGGUGCUUUUCACCAAGGAGCCACACCUGGAUGAGCAGAGCGCUGUGAAAUACUUUUGGCUUGCAGCCAACAAUGGGGACUCACAGAGCAGGUACCACUUGGGAAUUUGCUUUGAGAAGGGCCUUGGUGUGCGGAGGAGCCUGGGAGAGGCUGUAAGAUGUUACCAGCAGUCCGCGGCUCUGGGCAAUGAACCUGCCCAGGAGAGGUUGCAGACCCUCUUUUCCAUGGAGGCGGCAGGUAAAGCCCUGGGGACCAGCAACCCGGCAGUUAAAGGAUUGAAGUCCUUCUCCAGUCCCUCCCUCCACAGCUUCAACACUCUGCUGGCAGGGGCCUCCCACCUCCCACAUGCCUCGACCACAGGGAACCUUGGCCUCCUCUGUAGGAGUGGGCGUCUCAGAGCCAGCCCUGGAGCCCCCAACAUUACUCUCCCCCCGUUCAGCUAUCCCUUGGAAAGGAGUCUCGUCAGACUGGGUUUUGGCUAAGAUCCUCUCACUUCAGCCCUAAAGAAGGGAGCCUGUCGGUUCUCAGAGAGAUACCACAACUUGAGCCCCAGAGCAGAGGCCAGUUGUUCUCAACUUCCUAAAGAACCUUAAGUACCUGCCCCAGCACAGUAAAGAAGAAAGUGUGUGAAGACCCAGGUCCGGGCCAUGUCCGCUUGAAGCAGUGACCUGACCCACUACACUGUUUUCUCAGUUGUAAACCAAAGGCACUGGUGUCUGCCCUUCUACCCUACUGAGCCUAUGUGGGGCAUUUUGUGGCAGAAAGGACCUUGGUCCUCACUGAAGCCCAGGGAGGCGGAGUGGUGCCCAUGGUUACCAGGAGAAGACCCAGGCCCCCUGACUCAUAGCCCAGGGCUCUUUUGUGCCUUUCACACUGUAGAUUUACCUGAAAGUGUUCUUGUCAUCUGGCCAAUAUGAGGGAGGAAGUGGAGACUGAGCGCCUGGAGGUUUGCAGCAGGGAAGUGUAGAUUUAGAGAUCCUUGUUUGUGAAAGGUAUGCCAGAAAUGGAUUAGAGUUUAAUAAAAUAGAUAUUGGAUUAUCUCAUCACUCUUGCCCUUGAGUAUGUUGGGGAGACCUGGGGGUUGGGCAGUGGGAGCUGAAAGCUGAGGCUCCAGCCUCAUUUCUAAACUCUCCAUUAACCAAUUUGAAGGGUCUUAAAAGCUUCUCCAAGAGAGAGACUUAGGAAAAAAUGAUUUCUGAGUCAACGCUAAUGACUCCAAUUACUGAAUUUGUGCAUAGCUGUUCCCUGGCUUCUGGAUGUUAGCCCAAGUUCAAUAGCAUAGAUGUGGUGGGGGUGGGGGUGGGGGUGGGGGAAGGACUGAGGACCAAACCCUCUAGUAACUGUUCAAAUGGGAAAGACCACCCAGCUCCCCUAUUUGAGAGGUGGGAGGAAUUGGGCAGGAGGGCAGGAAAGGGUUGUCCAUGUUUCCCCCUAUCUUUCCCCCACCGCCCAACCCUGCCAACCUCUAGUGGAUCCUACCAUACUCUUCUAGCAUUUCCUCUCACUACUGGCUUCCUCCAGCUCCAGCACCUCCCCCUGACUGCUGUUCCCUUUCCAGGGCUGCCUUGCACACUGGCCACCACCACCCCCGCCCCACCCCCACCACCUUCCAACCCUUAUGCAGUUGCCUCCCACAAAUGGCUCCUUGGGAUCUAGGACCUUGUUGUCUUUGUAAUCUGGAAUCCUCAGCACUUAGCACAAGGCCCCUUGCUGUUAUGGGCUCCAUAUACACAUUGGUUAAAGCUCAGGUUUUUACAUUGUGCAGUGUACUAGUCUCUCUGCAAAAAAAAAAAAAAAAA